CCAUGGCGUGUAGCUGCGCCUCAUCCGGCUACAAAGGUGCAUAUCAUCACAGGUCAGGUAAAUGAUGUGUCGCAACAUAUCAAAUGACAGAUUGUCGAGCGAAGUUCACUCUCAUCGCAGUCACUCCCAGCAUCUAAUCGGCCAGCCAUCGCUUCAUACAGUUUGUCAGUUCGCCCCCAACCAAGGCCAGAUCUCACUUCGAAGGAAUCAACUUCAGCUGAAGAAAGCAGCAUUCAUCAUGUCUUCCAACACCGACGGUAAUGCCUCCUCCAACACCAACACCAACCUCUUCUCCAAAAUCUUCAACCGCAAGGACAAACAAUCCAACUCCCAGUCCUCGUCGUCGUCCUCUGCCCCCGCCGACGCCGAUACUCAAACCCAACCAGACACAGCAUCAACAGUGUCCGGCGCGACCUUGGUCAAUCCAAACCGAAACCACCAACAAGCGUCUUCUUCCCCACCCACGCAACAAACCUCAACGACAUCUACAUCCGCGGACCACAACAAUCUCGGCGCUCUCAUGUCCAAAGCCCAAUCCAUGCCUCCCGCCGAGUUCAAAGCAUACCUCGCCCAGCACAAGGAGGCCACGGAGGCCAUAUACCGCAAACAAGGCGGUGGCAUUGCGGGCGGAGACUGGGUCAGUACACAGGACAGCACAACUGGUGAGUUUGAGUUCCGGCUGCCACCCCUGCCCUCGUUCUUUCUCCAUACCUACCUUAGAUAG